AAUUCCGUCCGCGCGUCAACAGCUAGGAUGUUGCGAUAUCGCUGGCAGCCAAAGAUUGCUGUGGCUGCAGAGAUUAGGGUGCUGGUUUGAAACCUCUGCCUAAUGUUUUGGUAGAUGUCAAAUUGUGUGGUAUCUGAUUUGCAGCAACAGUUGCAACAGACGAAGGCUUAAGUUUCUUGUCGAUUAUGCGCUUGUUUGUGUUGAUGAAAGCCUGCAUCGAGCUAAUGCGUUAGCUUACUCAAAUCACUGUUUUAAUGGACAUGGAAGCAAUAAAAUAGCUUGUCGGGCAGCUAUGUGCCAUUUAACGUUUGCUUCCCUUGACUGAGGAUGGAAAUAUUUUUUCGGCUAUCGCUAUCAGACAAGUUACACGUCGGAUACGUCGCACUCGAAGACAUUAUCUUCAGAGGAUAACCUGGAUAACCUUACACGAAAUGUCAUAGCGCGUGAGUAGCUAGCACUCAGCUAGCUUAGUAAUGUCUGGACGAGAUGGAGAAGGACCUAAUGUUAUCAGCAGCAGCCGACCAUGAACAGCUGGAUGGAUAGCUGAAGAAAUACUUUCUCCGGAGAUGCUUUAGCCUCCUGUGUGGUGUAAUUCAAUUACAUAACAGCUAUUCGCAACCGCUCUAUCACCAACUGGCUUGUGUUGGCAAGCAAAUGGGAAAUUUGCCACCACAAAUCUGGGUUGUCUCAACAUCAUAAGUGACAAAGGCAGCACUGCAUGUUUUGAGGCUGCAAAUAGACUUGUUUGAAGCGUCGGAUUCGUUCGGUUUACAAUCUGAACUGCAUUAUCUAUCAGUGCAAUCAUUCAGUGCACAAGAAACAAGCACUUCAUCUGUGUUUGUUUGAUCCAAGUCGCAAAUACUUCUGUCAUUUCGACAUCAUGAGGAAGUUCUUUGAUUCUCGUCGGGAGUUGGUGAGCUCUGGGCCUGGGUCUGGAGGAGGAGGUAGCAGCUCUGGGUCCAGUCAUGCAGGUGGUAAUUUCAUUGGCAGGGCUUUCACUGUCGGACGGCACCAGGUCACUGUUGAGGAGAUAAUUGCUGAAGGUGGCUUUGCAAUUGUGUUCCUCGUGCGAACAAAUCAAGGGGUGCGUUGCGCCCUGAAGAGGAUGUAUGUCAACAAUGAGCAUGAUCUGCAGGUGUGCAAAUGCGAGAUUCAAAUAAUGAAAGACCUUGUAGGUCACAAGAAUAUUGUUGGUUAUCUGGACUCCAGUAUUACGGCUAUGGGAUCAAGGGAUGUAUGGGAGGUUCUCAUACUAAUGGACUACUGCAAGGGGGGGCAGGUGGUCAAUUUGAUGAAUCAGAGGCUGCAGACUGGCUUCACUGAGACUGAGGUGCUGCAGAUCUUCUGUGACACCUGUGAUGCUGUUUCUCGCCUGCACCAGCGCAAGACACCCAUCGUCCACAGAGACCUUAAGGUGGAGAACAUCCUCCUGCAUGACAAGGGUCAUUAUGUGCUGUGUGACUUUGGCAGCGCCACUAACAAGUUCCAGAGCCCACAGACUGAAGGAGUGGCCACCGUGGAGGAAGAGAUCAAAAAGUACACCACUUUAUCAUAUCGUGCCCCUGAGAUGGUGAACCUCUACAAUAACAAGAUUAUCACCACAAAAGCAGAUAUUUGGGCUCUGGGCUGUUUGCUGUACAAAGUGUGCUUCUUCACUCUGCCCUUUGGUGAAAGCCAGGUGGCCAUCUGUGAUGGCAGUUUCACCAUUCCAGACAACUCCCGCUACUCUUAUGAUCUUCACUGCCUCAUUCGGUACAUGCUGGAGCCAGACCCAGACAAAAGACCAGAUAUUUACCAGGUGUCCCAUUUUGCUUUUAAAUUAGCUCAGCGGACCUGCCCUGUUCAGAAUGUGAAGAAUUCUCCAAUUCCUUCUAAACUUCCUGAGCCAAUCAAAGCGAGUGAGGCUGCAGCAGCAAAGAAGAGCCAGGCUAAAUCCAGACUGACGGAUCCAAUUCCCACCACUGAAACCUCCAUUACCCCUCGCCAGAGGCCCAAAGCAGCACAUACCCAGGCUGCAGCUGGCAUCCUACCCAUCCAGCCUGCUGCUCUCACCCCUCGCAAGCGACCUAAUCUCCCUGGUGGUGCAGCACAGCCUGUGGGAGUCAGCUUAAACCUCUCUCAGCCCGCUGCAGCUCUGCAGUCGCAGAAGGCACAGACUUCAGUUCUGCCACUCAUCCAGUCACAGAACAAUUCAAGCCAGGCCGUGGCUCCACAGAAGCAGCCGGUGCAACCAGCCACCGCUUCAAGAGCAGAAACUACAACAGCAACAGCAGUCGUGUCAGCAGUGACCAAGACUGAGGUCCAACCCCAAGCACAGCAUAUAGUGCAGCAACAGACCACACCUCCCUCUGUGGCCAGCGGCACCUCUCAGCAGGCAGCUCAGACUCCGUCGAGCCCGGCCCCACCUCAACGCCCGACUCGACGCAAGCAGGCUCAGCAGCCAGCGACUCAGCAGCCAGCAACUCAGCCGCCAGCGGCUCAUCCUUCACCAGGCAAACCGGCCUCUGGUCAGCCGCCUGUAUCUCAGCAGCAACAUAUAACUCAGCCAUCAGCUGCUCAGGCUCAGCCUGUCUCCACUGAGAUCAGCCCAAAAGCAGCAGUUACGACUCCACCUGCUUCUCCAAAGACAACUGAAGAGCAAGGCCACCAACGCACGCCAAGUGACGCCACAGCCAGCAGCGUUGCUGGACUUCCAGUGAGUGACUUCUUACAGCAGCCACAAGAAGCUAAUGAAGACGCUGCCCUCAAACAAUCACUUUCAUCUCAACCUAGCACUGCCCAGCUUAUUCAGCUCGGUGGUGAUGAUGCAGGCCAGGAACAAAAAGAAGCUGGACCCACUGUUGAUGCCACCAACACCCCCACACAGCCGGCAUGGAACCCAUUUGACGAUGACAACUUUUCCAACCUCACUGCAGAUGAGUUCAAAACUGAGGACAAAAAGCCUUCUGAACUGCCCUCAGAAAUUAAGUCAUCUUCUGAGGAGUUGAUACCAGGCCUGCAGGCCUCAACCACGGAUUAUACAUCCCAAGAUACUGAUGAAAGACCAUCCACCAUUUUUGAUGUGGAUUCAGGAGCCUCACUGCUGGUUGUCCCAGAUGCUUUCGGUAUUCUUGAACUGUCAGGUACACCAGAGAAGCUGAUUGAAGGUCUGAAAUCUCCAGACACAUCUUCACUCAUGCUACCCGACCUCUUGUCAUUGUCGGAUCCCUUUGGUGGAUCAGCGGGAGAGUCUGCAAAAGACCCUCUCACCCCGGACGACUCUCUCCUGGGCUGCUCUCUGAUCUCUGGUUUGUCCGCCCCUCCGCCUGCGAGCAGCGCCACCUCCUCCGUCUCUUCUGCUCCCACCUCCGCUGCUUCUGCGUUGGAUGAUUUCAGUCUGUUGUCUGGGGACUCUGCACAGCCUAUAGCAGAUUCGUCUCUCUUGAUCUCAGACUUCGAGCCCCUGCAGGCCGCUACGGAGGCAGGCACCGAGGAUGAGUUUGAUCCGAUUCCCGUCACAGGCCGGAAGAACUCCCAAGACCUGCAGAGGGAGCUCAAUAGAGAUGUACUGCGAGCUGCUCGGACUGUGGCGUCUGUGCAGCUCACUGAGGAGUAUCAAAGGCUGAGGAUCCAGCAGAAGACUGCUGCACGUGUCUAUAAUAAACACAUGUUGCCAUCAGGUGAGAGGAGGGUACAACGCCAUACUAUACCUGCUACUUCCACCAGCCUGCCUUUCAUACCUGUCAACAAAGUAUCCCAGUUCCAGUCCCCAAACGACCCAGUGACCUCUGACGUCUUCCAGCUGGCCCCUUUUAAAAUGCCGGGGAAAGAAAGCAAGAUGGCAUUCAGCGGCUCCUCCUUUUCUGCGUCUCAUACACCUGCUGAGACAUCUGAUGUUUUCCUGCAGGCACCUUUUGGAAAAAGGCAGGAAACCACUCAAGCUGUUCCUACUAACACACACAUAUUUAAGUCUGGUACACGGCAUAUUCAAACCUCCAAACAGUGUCACCUGGUGCCAGUAUCAUCUCCCCUCGGUCCUCCGUCUCUUGGUAUUCGGGCCCUUUCUCUGCACACGGAGGCGCCUCUGCUCCAGCAGCCGGCGGCGGUGCACCGGGUCGUCUCCAGGAUCGGGCAGCAGGCCGCCGUGGGUUCGGUAGCUGUGGGGCCUCUGCAUUCCUGGACAAUCGGGGGAAGACCUCUGGAUGACCAGUUCACUGCUGCGCCUUUCCAGCCGAGAUGCUCUCAGGGGAAACCUUGAUGAUAUAAUUAAUUGCUUAAAAUAUCCCAAGUCACAUCUUUUUUUUUCUGUAACUUAAGAAGGAGAAAAAUUAGAGUCCAGUUCCAGAGUUACAACCAUUUCUAAUGUAAUUUCCCCCUUGUCUUUAAUAAGGCAGCAUUUAAACAAGUGAACAUAUCAUUUUUACCAAUGAUGUACUUGUUUAAACUUAACGUUCUACCUCAGUAAUGGUAUUUGCUUUCAGUCUGAGCACAGCGGUGCAUCAUUUCGCGCACUUUAAGUGAACUUGGACAAAGACAUUUUUAAGAUGAACUUGAAGGAUUGGUCCUAGACUCAAUUUAGGAUAUCAAAAAGGGUUUUGUUAGAGACCCAAUCUCAGUUUUUAACCAUAUAAUAAAUAACCGUUUAAUUUAAAUAAUGAAGGAAUAGCAUUUAUUGUGUUUCUCGGUGGUCAUAAAAAUAUAGGUCUGUUGUACUCAGACCUUUACAAACAUUACUGUCUUACCAUUCUGAUGCUGUUAUAUUUAACAGCUGAUGCUGUCAUAUUUAAAAGCAUCAGUUGUUUUCAGUUUUAGCCUUUGUAUAAAAAAUACGCCAAUCCAUUUGGCACUGAUUGCAGGUUUUAUAUCCUUUCUAGUUGUUUAACCUUUUUUUUACAUUUACAAUAUGGAUUGUGGCUCUAAAACCAGUAUUCACUUUUUCACAAUGGUUGCCGGCUUGCAAGAAGUGCUGCAAAAGAUGCCAAACAUUCUGCUGCGAGUCAAAGAAACCAUUGGAAAAUAAAUGUAAUGGUGUGAAAGGUGUUUCACACAGUUGAAGGAUAAAAAAUGUUUAUGUUAUCAUUACUUUCAAGUUAACAGAGUGAAAACCGUAAACCUUCUACAAAGAUUUUAAGUAAAGAUAGGUGAGUUACGAAAAAUCCUGAAUGGCUGGUCAUUAGAAAGCUGUACUGGAACCAGUAUGAUGUUAAGUCAAUUUAACUGCUUUACUUCUUAAUAAUUGUUCACAGGCUACACCAGUGCUAAUGGACCUUUUUAGAGUUCUACCAAAAAGAUUUUUGAACCUGCUGGUGUUGUUUGUCUUGGUAUUUGAAAUGAAACAUAUCAUUUCUGUGGUUCAAAUUCACUCAUGUCUUAGAGCAAAAAGUGACAGGCCAGAAGAAAUUCUCAA